UGGUCCUGGCGCAAGUUCGCGGCCUUCGCCGGCCCGGGCUGGUUGAUGAGCCUGGCAUACCUGGACCCGGGCAACCUCGAGAGCGACCUGCAGCUCGGCGCCUAUACGCGCUACUCGCUGCUCUGGGUGCUCUUCUGGGCGACGGCCGGCGGGCUCCUGCUCCAGGAGAUGGCCGCGCGGCUCGGCGUCGUCACGGGCGAGACGCUGGCGAAAUGCGUGAAGCGCGCCUACGGACCGCGCGUGUCGCUCCUCCUCUACGGCGCCGCGGAGCUCGCGAUCGUCGGCAGCGACGUCCAGGAGGUGCUCGGCACGGCGACGGGCCUGCGGAUCUUGUUCGGCCUGCCGCUCUGGGCGGGCUGCGUCGUGACGGCCAUCGACACCUGCACCUUCUUCUUGGUCCAACGCCUCGGCUGGCGCGCGCUCGAGGCGGCCAUCGGCGCGCUCGUCGUCACGCUCGCCGUCGCCUUCAUCGGCGUCUGGGCCGCGGCGCCGUCCGAGCCCGGGCCCUUGCUCUACGGCCUCGCCGUGCCGACCAUGCGGCCGUCGAUGCUCACGCAGGCCGUCGGCACGGUCGGCGCCGUCGUCAUGCCCCACACAGCGCCCCACAACCUCUACCUGCACAGCGGGCUCGUGCGUUCCGCCGUCGCGGACCGGACGCGGGCCGCGCGCGUGCGGGACGCGCUCCGCUACACGCUCGCGGACUCGGCGCUGAGCCUGCUGCUCUCCUUCGUCGUGAACAUGGCCGUCGUCGCGGCGUUCGCCGCUUUCUUUUGGUCCGCGGCCUGCGGCGACGAGACCGCGUGCGUGCCGGACGCCGCGGGCGACGGGACACCGGGCGCGGCCGGCGCGGUGAUUUUUGGCGUCGGACUGUUGGCGGCGGGCCAGGCGUCGACGACGGCGGCGACGAUCGCGGGGCAGUACGUCAUGGAGGGCUUCUUCGACUGGGACGUCGCCCGCUGGAAGCGCGUCGCCCUGUCGCGCUUCCUCGCGCUGGGCCCCGCGGUCUUGGUCGCCGUGAGUCCCAUGGGCCAGCGCAACUCCUUCAACGAGAUGCUCAACGUGCUCCAGUCGGCGUGCCUCCCCUUCGCGAUGCUCCCGCUGCUCCACCUCGCGCGCGACGAACGAUUGAUGGGGCGUUUCGCCAACGGGCCGCGGCUGAACCGCGUCGUCACGACGGCGAGCGUCGUGGUUCUCGCCGUGAAUCUCAUCCUCGUCUACCAGUAC